CUUCCCUCCUGGUCUCAGAGGACCCUGUCCUAGCCCGACCUGUUUCGGCCUGCAGCCCACGCGAAGUCGUCGGUGCCACUUCCCGCUCAUGUGGGCCCCCGCGGGCUGCCCACGCCAGUCCCCCAGUUCCCGGUUCCGCUGGGCUUUCCCUUCGCUGGGGGUGGCUUUCUAAGCCACCCACUCCGUGCUCAUCUCUGCAGCCUCUCCUGCCGCUCGGGGCCCCCGUUCCCCCUCCCUGCGGCGGGGGGCUGCCCCCGGGGGGCUGGCGGAGCUGGGCCGCGGGGGCCCCGGGGCCGGCGGUGCCGGGGUCAUCGGGAUGAUGCGGACGCAGUGUCUGCUGGGGCUGCGCACGUUCGUGGCCUUCGCCGCCAAGCUCUGGAGCUUCUUUAUUUACCUUUUGCGGAGGCAGAUCCGCACGGUAAUUCAGUAUCAGACUGUUCGAUAUGAUAUCCUGCCCUUAUCUCCUUUGUCCCGGAAUCGCCUAGCCCAGGUGAAGAGGAAGAUCCUGGUGCUGGAUCUGGACGAAACCCUGAUUCACUCUCACCACGAUGGGGUGCUGAGGCCUACAGUGAGACCUGGGACACCUCCCGACUUCAUCCUCAAGGUGGUAAUAGACAAACACCCAGUCCGGUUUUUUGUACAUAAGAGGCCCCAUGUGGAUUUCUUCUUAGAAGUGGUAAGCCAGUGGUAUGAGCUUGUGGUGUUCACAGCAAGCAUGGAAAUUUAUGGCUCUGCUGUGGCAGAUAAACUGGACAACAGCAGAAGCAUUCUUAAGAGGAGAUACUACAGACAGCACUGCACUUUGGAGUUGGGCAGCUACAUCAAAGACCUCUCCGUGGUCCACAGCGACCUGUCCAGCAUCGUGAUCCUGGACAACUCCCCCGGGGCUUACAGGAGCCACCCAGACAAUGCCAUCCCCAUCAAAUCCUGGUUCAGUGACCCCAGUGACACAGCCCUUCUCAACCUUCUCCCAAUGCUGGAUGCCCUCAGGUUCACUGCUGAUGUCCGAUCGGUGCUGAGCCGAAACCUUCACCAACAUAGGCUCUGGUGACAGCUGCUCCCCCUCCACCUGAGUUGGGGUGGAGGGGAAAGGGAGGGAGAGUUCUUGGGACACCGUCUGUUGCCCUGUCCAAUGUGAGGACUGCCUGGGCAGAGUCUGCCCCUCCCACCCCUCUGCCCUGGGAGCCCUACACUCCACUUAUGGAGUCUGGAUGGACACAUGGGCCAGACCGUGAAGCAGCCUCACUCUGGGUUCACACUCCGUGGAAAUGCCAGACUGGGACAGGCGAAGGCCUAGAGGAGCCGAAACAGUCUGGUGAAGAGGCAGGACUGGCCAGAGUGACAGACAUAUCCCAGAGGCUCAAAAGAAGCCAAUUCAACUUUGUUGUGAUUUGAUUUUUUUAAAAACUCUUAUACAAAACUGAUCUAAUUCUUCACUCCUGCUCCAAGGGCUGGGCUGUGGGUGGGGACUGGGGUUUCGGGCCACUGGAUCCUCCUCAGACUUGUCCCCCCCUUACUUUUCCUCAUUUUUUUUCUUUCCCCAAUCCCCCAUACCUGUAAUCGGCUCCUUUCUUCUUUCCUCUUUUAAACCAUGCAUUAUAACUUUGAAACCAAA